AUUUACUUUGAAGUACAUAUUAAAAUUGUUAUAUAACUGAAAAAUGGGUAGCAAAGGAGCUGCCGUAGCAGAAUUGUUCUCUAAGGUUAUUGCAACCACAAAAUGUUUUGACAGUAAUCUACGUAAGGUAAAAGUGGUGACUUGUGGUGAUGGUAGAAUGCUCACUGAAUUUAAAGUAGGAGCAGAACAUCUCAAUCAACGUGGCACAUUGCAUGGUGGUUUCAUUGCUCACUUAGUAGAUGCCAUAUCUACAUAUGCCCUUACUGCAAAUGAAAAUAUUGACACUAGAGGAGUAUCUAUUGAUCUAAGUGUAUCAUAUCUAACUGCUGCUAGAGAAGGAGACAAUGUUGAAGUAGAAGCUGUUACAAGAAAAACAGGUAAAAAGAUAGCUUUUCUUGAAGUGGAAGUUCGUAAUAAAGAUACAAAACAAGUAUUGGCAAUAGGAAGGCAUACAAAGUAUAUUGGUGUAUAAUAUGCAAUUUAUCAUGUUUGGUUAAGUAUUUUAUCUGUUUUAAAGCAUGAUCUAUGAUUUUACUUAAUCAUUUUCUUUAAACAUAAACCAUUAGCAAAUAGAAUUUAAUGUUAUAAAUAUUUCUUAUGAAUUUUUAAUAUACAUGCUUUAUAUUAUGAGAAGUUUAUUAUUUUAAAAUAUCUCCUUUAAAUAAGGAAUUUGUCUAAAGUAUUAUUCAAACUUUUUGAAUACACAACCCUUUUUGAAUGAAAAAUUCUUGUCAUUCGACUGAUGUAGUGAACCAUGUAUUUAUAACCUUUCCUUUUUUGAUGGCGACCCUGCUGCAACUUUCAGUCGUUCUGCUGCAGAUUGCAGAUUACAGCACUAGUUACAAAACAGUUUUUUAUAAACGUCAAACAUCAUUCACAUCACAUUCACAUUAUGAGUAAAGAAUUUUAAUAGUAUUAAUAGGAAUUAAAUAUUUAAUGAAUUUAUUUUACAAAGUAUGUCAUUUUGACCAAUAGUACAUCAAUGCU